CUCCGGCUAUGGCAAGGUGGACGGGAGAUGAGGCGGGUUUGGCUUUGGACCCGGGGGCUGGGGUUGUGGCCGUCGUUCUCUCUUCUUCUGAGACGGUUUUGUAUAUUCUGCGACCGAUGUUGGUUACCUGGGGCCGUCCACCUGAUUCGAACCCAAACCCAGAAUUUCUAUAUCGGCUCCUGCCAAUUAAGCCCUUCCGGUUCCGGAAUAUUGAGGAGUAUAAAUCAAUCUGGAUAUAACUGCCCAAUUCAAUGGAAGCUCGGAAGCGCACCAAUUGAGCCCCCCCACUGUCCACUCCUACCUCACCGGUCAGCGCGGCAACGGCCCGAUCGCGCCGUGCGGUGUUCGGCGCCGCUCUCCCUCCGGCCUCGCCCCCCACCUUCUCUCGCCGUUCGCCGCCACAGAGACCAUACACGCUCGGGUUUGUCGCCAGAGUGGAUGUGGUGCGAGGAGGCCAAGAGGAGGGAACGCGGGGAGCUGAGCGCGCGGCGCUUCCAGGCCCUCGCCCGCUCGCGCCGCGCCGCCUCGCUCGCGCUCUCCAACCGCAAGGAGAUCGCGACCCCGCACCACGGCGCCGUCAACUCCCUCCAGGUUGAUUUGACAGAGGGGAGGUACCUGCUCUCGGGCGCAUCGGAUGGGUCGGCUGCGAUCUUCGAUGUGAAGAAUGCCACGGAAUAUGAAGCCGGGUUCAUAGCCAAGCACAGGAGCAUCCUGCUUGUGGACAGGCAGCAUGAGCAUGGCCACAAGUUCGUAGUCUCGAAGGCCAUUUGGUAUCCUGUGGACACUGGUCUGUUUGUUACCGCGUCCUUUGAUACCUAUGUCAAAGUUUGGGAUACCAAUUCCACUCAAGUAGUCAUGGAUUUUAAGAUGCCUGGAAAAGUGUACAGUGCUGCUAUGUCUCCAAUUGCCACAACUCAUAUGCUCAUCGCUACUGGAAGUGCAGAUGUUCAGGUCCGAUUGUGUGACAUUGCUUCUGGAGCCUUUACCCACACGUUGUCUGGUCAUCAUGAUGGUAUCAUGUCUUUGGAGUGGUCUACCUCAAGCGAGUGGAUUUUGAUGAGUGGUGGCUGCGAUGGAGCAAUACGUUUUUGGGACAUAAGACGAGCCGGAUGCUUCCUUGCCCUCGAUCAGUCACGAUCUCAGCUAGGAAGACGACCUCCUUUUCUUGAUAGAACCAUAGAAGUAUGCUUGCUGUUACCCAUUUCUUCAGACUUUUUGCUCACAGUGCUAACACAGGACUGCCUCCAGGAUCAUAAGAACACAUUAGGGCCUUCGACUUCUUCAAAGAAUUACUCAGUUCAGCAGAGGACUGGAAAUCGUAAGAAGCAGUCAAAAACACUACACAGAAGUCAAACCCCAACACGUGGACAUGUGCAGCAGAGAGUGCAUCCUGGUAUGUCAUCCAGUCAAAAUCGUACAAUAGCUCAUUAUGGUGCUAUUACAGGAUUGAAAACAACUACAGAUGGGAUGCACCUACUUAGCUCAGGAUCUGAUUCCCGUUUAAAAUUAUGGGAUAUCGAUUCAGGCUGCAAUACCUUGGUCAACUUUGAAGCUACGCGAUUGCAAACUAGCAAGCCACUGCAACUAGCAGUCACUGAGGACCCAUCACUUGUGUUCGUUCCAUGCAUGGCAAGCAUCAAGGCAUACAAUAUAUGGUCUGGUACAAUGUUUCAAACAUUCCGGGGGCAUUACGAUGAUGUGAAUUGCUGCUAUUAUAGCUCACAAGACCAGGAACUCUAUACUGGAAGCAAUGAUAGACAAAUUCUUGUGUGGUCUCCGUCGACUCCAGCUUUUACUGAAAUGGAAGAUGAUGAGAAGCCGCAAGGGUUUUUUGCUGCUGACGUGGAUAACUGGAGUGACUGAUAAUUUACGAGUACAUCGUGUAUACUAAGAUACUAACAACAAGAUUGACAUGAGGAUGUUAAGUGCUAUCAAAGCCAGGACUCUUGUUAAAUAUUACACUCAACUCUUGUUAAAUAUUACACUCUGUUGAUGGCUCCCCAAAUUCUGCAUCGGAAUUUGUAAGGAGCAAACGUCCGCACUUACGUCUACCGGGGCGAACACUCUGUUGUCCGUCUGAUCGGGAAAAGCGUGGCUAUGAUCGUGCCACGUGUCUUAUGGCAACUUGCCCUGUGUAAAUGCACGUGUAGUUCUAUGGCAGAUUAGCGGUGGCAAUACUACCUGGGGUUGACAACUUUAGCCAGUCGCGUGGCAAGAAUAGGGAGGGCAUUGGGUGACAAUGAGAGUUUUUUUUUGCGGUUGACGAUGAGAGUUGGUUGUACAUUAUCAUUUAUGUUUUGAUAGCUAUUUGAAACAUAAGUUGUUAGACACUAUCUCUAAAAGGAGUAUUAUGUUCAUGUU